CAUAUAUUGACAGUGAAGUAAAACUGUCCAAUUUUUUUUGUAAAUACAACUUUCGUUUAAAUAAUCAUAAUCAUGUUAUUUCGACAAAUCUUUCGCAAUAAAUUAUACACAAGUCCAAUGGUGUUGAGUAAGAGGAAUUACGAAAUUCCUCCUGAGCUAGCGGAAGUGGGCAAGGCCAAAGACCCAAGCUUCUAUAGAAUGGUGGAGUACUUCUACCACUACGCCGUGAAGGUUGUCGAACCGGCUCUAAACGAGUACCUCAAGAAACAUCCACAACUUUCUGAGAAGAAACGAAAGCAGCGAGUGGCCGGUAUUUUAAAAGUGAUGGGUUCGUGCAACAGCUCGCUUCAGUUCGAGUUCCCGCUACAACGCAAAAAUGGAGACUACGAGAUCGUAAAGGGUUACCGUUCCCAGCACAGCGUGCACCGCUUACCAUGCAAAGGAGGUAUCAGAUUUUCGGAUGAAGUUAAUUUGGAAGAGGUGAAAGCUCUAGCAGCGCUAAUGACCUAUAAAUGCGCGUGCUCCAGUAUACCAUUUGGAGGGGCGAAAGGAGGAGUGAGUAUCAAUCCGAAGUGUUAUACGAUAGCCGAGUUGCAGAGGAUUACCCGUCGAUACACACUGGAGUUGGCCAAGAAGAACUAUAUAGGCGCAGGCGUGGAUGUUCCCGCUCCUGAUGUAAACACCUCCGGCAGAGAGAUGUCCUGGAUCGUUGAUACUUAUGUCAAAACGUUGGGAUAUCGAGACAUAAACGCGGCUGCCUGCGUAACGGGCAAGCCGAUCAACGGCGGCGGCAUACACGGCCGCGUCGAGGCGACGGGCCGCGGCGUGUUCAUGACCAUCAACCACUUCAUUCACGACGAGGCGUGGAUGCAGCUCAUUGGCAUUCCGCCUGGCUUCAAGGAUAAAACUGCGAUCAUACAAGGCUUCGGAAAUGUGGGCAGCUACGCAGCGGUAUACCUCCACGAGCAAGGGGUCAAGAUCAUAGGUGUUGUGGAGGUCGACUGCAAUCUGACGAAACCUGAGGGUAUCGAUCCCGUGGAGCUGAUUAAAUAUAAGAAAAGCAACCGGGGCAGUGCAAAGGGCUUUCCUGGCGCGCAGGAAGCGGACUCCGAGCUACUGUAUCAAAAGUGCGACAUUCUUGUUCUGGCCGCGCUAGAGAAGACCAUCACUCAGGAUAACGCCGCCAAGCUCCAAUGCCGGAUGAUCGGCGAGGGUGCGAACGGACCGACGACGCCGGCCGCUGAUGCGAUACUCCGCGAAAAGAAGGUGCUCGUGCUGCCCGACCUCUUGGCCAACGCAGGGGGCGUCACAGUCUCCUACUUCGAGUUCCUAAAGAACAUUAACCACGUGAGCUACGGGAAGCUCAGCAUCAAAUUCUGGAAGGAUUCCAAUACGGCGUUGUUAGAUUCUGUUGAGCAGUCACUUAAGAAAGCGAACAUCAGCGCGACGAUUGAGCCAACGCCGAUGUUCCAGGCAAUGAUAUGCGGCGCGAACGAGGAGUUGCUCGUCAACUCGGGGCUGGAGUACUCGAUGACGAAGGCCUGCAAUAAUGUGAUGCGCGCUGCGAAGCAAUACGACCUUGGUUUGGACUUGCGCACGGCGGCCUAUGUCACCGCAAUCGAGAGGAUCUUUCUAACAUACGACGAACAAGGCCUCACGAUAUAACUGGGACCAUUAAUGGU